GGAUCCGGCCCGCGGGCCGUAGUUUGGGGACCCCUGGUCUAUAGUUUUGUAAAGCAGUAGUAGCUCUGAGUUGUGGCUGGGACUGUUGGCACGGAGUAAGCCCGCCCUCACUUCCCAUCAUCCUUUCACUACUUACAGUCCCGAAUUAACAUUAUAACAAAAAUGGCGAGCAAUGUGGGAGCUGUCUAACUGAAUAGAUGAGCAAGAUCAGAUGAGGAAAAGGAAGAUGUACAUGGAUCUGCUCCUGAUUCAAAACGAUUUGAAUAAACAAAAACUCAGUAAACAGUUUUAAGCUUCAUUUUCUUCAUGUAUGUUUAUAGAAACAGGGAAGAAACAUCAAUUCCAAAUUGUUGGUGUUGGAGCAGGCAUAAUGUAUGUGUGUUCGUGAAGACUCCACUGUGCGUGUGUGGAGUGUGUGCUGACUGCGGGUCUAGGCGGCGUCUCCCCCCCGCUCCAGGAUUAGCUGUCUUCUCUUUCUGCGCUCCCCGGAUUCCAUUCCGUCUUUUCCUUUCAGGGCUGCGCUCCCUGCGCGCAGGACUUCCCAGUGACUCCGCGAGGCUGCGUUCAGCCCCAAAAGUUGCCCCAAGAGCUCAGGAGGUUGGAGGAGGGGGGUGGUGGAGAGGACGGAGCACGUCUUGGAGAUCCUGAUCUUUUUGGGUGUUUUUUUGUUUCUUUUUGGCGCUUCCUAGUUGAGCGCAAACGGGGCUCCUGCGCGUUACCUGUUGAUGAAGUCCCACGGGGAGUGAGGGCGCACAGGAGCAGUUUCUGCACGGUCCGGAGAAAGGCGAAGGGACCUUGGGGUUGUUUUUUCUUCUUUUUUUUGCCCCCCAGCAGGAGCGAAGCAUUGCUGGGUUUGCUGUAAAAUGGGCACUCCAACCACUUUGUGCCAAGGACUUAUCCUCUGUUUGCUUCUCACAUGUCAGCUGAGUUCUGUGACUCAGGCGUCGAAGGUGUGGGGAGAGGUCCCGCUUCCAGAAGAUUUAGAGUCGGAAAAGGAUGUGCAGACGUCCCGGAGUUUGCUAGACGACGAUGAGGACUUUGCUGCGGAUGGACCGUCAGGAGAGCUGCCCAGUGGAGAGGAAGAUGGCAGCACACCGGAGCCCGAGACCACAACCAACUGGUUGGAGUCCCCUUAUCCGGGGAACAUACAGAACCCCCCUGACCCAGAGUACAUUUAUUUCAGAGCUUUUGUCAACUUCACCAACUCGUUGGUCUUCAGCCCUGCACUCCAGGACCCAACGUCUACUCAGUUUGAAGAGAUUUCCGAAGCAGUGAUGGACACGCUGGAGUCAGAGUACAACAAGAUUCCAGGUGUUCAGUCAGUCAGUGUAGUCCACAUCAAAAAAGUGACAAGAGAAAAUGGAGUUGAUGUUUUUGUGGAAUUGGACGUGGGUACCAACUAUGACAAUGAAGAACUGAUCCGACGUGUGCUUUACAAUGUGGUAGAGGAUGGCUCCAUUGCAUCCUACGUCACCUCAGUCAGGGGCUUUCAAUUCAGGCGUCUUGGAAAAGCCAUGCCCUCAGAGGAACCCGUAACAGAGCCAGUGACCCCCAUUAUAAGACCGUGCAUGGCAAAUGAGUUCCGGUGUGGCGAUGGGACAUGCAUCCCGUUGAAUUAUAAGUGUGACAACAGAGCCGACUGCCGAGACAUGAGCGACGAGGAAAACUGUGGUUUCAUCGCUCCAGUCUAUACCACACCUGCACCAAUCACAGUCCCUGCCAUUAAAGAACCCGUCACUCAGCCUCUACGCUGCCGAGCGGAUCAAGCCACAUGCCAGAGUGGGGGGUGUAUCUCUCGUGACUACCUCUGUGAUGGAGAGAAGGACUGUCCAGAUGGAAGUGAUGAAUUUAGAUGUGGCACUCCAUCACCCUGUGAACCAAACGAGUUUAUGUGUAACAAUGGCCGCUGCGCCCUCAAGCUGUGGCGCUGCGAUGGUGACAACGACUGCGACGAUAAUUCUGAUGAACUGGACUGUCCUACCAGAGCUCCUGGAGACACGUGUGCGUCUAAGCACUUUGAAUGCGUCAGUGAUCACAAGUGCAUCCCAGCCAGCUACCAGUGUGACGAGGAGCCGGACUGUGCCGAUCGCUCCGACGAGGAACUCUGCAACCCUCCCAUUGUAACAAAUCCACCUGAGGAGUUCAUCCAGGCCACACGGGGGUCAACUGUUACCUUCACCUGUCUGGCUGAUGGAGUUCCAACCCCGAUGAUCACCUGGAGACUCAACUGGGGAAGCAUUCCUGCUAGUAGCAGGAUUAACAUGACCAGCAAAAAUGGUUUUGGCACCCUCACGAUCCAUGACGUGAAGGAGUCGGACCAGGGGGUGUACACAUGCGAGGCCAUCAACGCUAGAGGCCUGGUGUUCGGGGUCCCUGAUGGAACGUUAACACUGGUAUCAAACCCAAGCCCAGGAAACUGCCCGGAGGGACACUUCAGUGUGAAUGGCCGCUGCAUACCUUGCUUCUGUGCUGGGGUGACCAGGAACUGCAAAAGCACCGGACGCUACCGUGACCUGAUCAGACUGCGUUUCACCGACGAGGAAGACUUCAAAGGAGUGAACGUCACCUACCCCUCCAGGCCCAACACUCCCCCGCUCUCCUCCACCCAGCUCCUCAUUAACCCAGAGAUGGAGGAGUUCCAGCUCGUUGACUUAUCACGCCGUUUCCUCAACCUUGACUCCUUCUGGACUUUGCCUCGCCAGUUCCUGGGGAACAAAAUUGAUUCCUAUGGAGGAACCCUGAAAUUUAAGGUGCGCUACACCUUGGCUCGAGGUCUGUCUGACUCUGUGGAGAGGCCAGAUGUCAUCCUGAGUGGAAAUGGACGCCGGCUCGUGUACCGCAGAGGCCAGAGCACCCCAGCCAGUGUGGUCAACCAGAAAGAGAUCCGAUUCACUGAAGACAACUGGCAACACUCAAAUGGACGAUCCGUGACCCGUAGCGAGCUGAUGAUGACCCUGGCUAACCUGGAAUCCAUCAACAUUCGCACCAUCUACGACAACCACAUGGUCAGUGUGGCACUCAGUGACAUCGUCAUGGAGACGACCACCACGGAGUACGUCUCACUGGGUCCUGCUCGGGAAGUGGAAGAAUGCAGAUGUCCUGCAGGAUACACGGGCCUGUCUUGUGAAAUGUGCUCCUCCAGUUUCGAGCGUGUCCCUGGUGGCCUUUAUCUCGGCACCUGUGCAGGGUGUAACUGCAAUGGACACGCCACUGACUGUGAUCCCAUCAGCGGAAACUGCUUGAGCUGCCAGCACAACACAGAAGGCCCUCAGUGUGAGAAGUGUCGCCCCGGCUACUUUGGUGACCCAAGCCGAGGUCGCCCCGAUGACUGCAAGCCAUGUCCUUGCCCGUACAUGGAGAGCUCACGUCGGUUUUCAUCCACCUGUUUCCUGGACAUCGAUCAGCAGCCCACGUGUGACGCCUGCAGGCCUGGAUACACCGGAAGACGCUGUGAAAAGUGUGCGCCUGGUUACCAGGGUAACCCUCUCCUACCAAAUGGAAGAUGUGUUCCUCAAAGCUCUAAGUGUGAUAACAGAGGAACUGUCAGCUCCAGCAGCCGACCCUGCAGCUGCAAGAACAACGUGGCAGGAGCUUCGUGUGACGAGUGUAAGCCAGGCUUCUUCCAUCUGUCUGAGGCCAACCCCGAAGGCUGCCUCUCCUGCUUCUGCAUGGGUGUCACCAAAACAUGCGCCAGCUCCACUUGGAGUAGAGAUCAGGUGCGAGGAGGUGUGAACGGCCAGCUGUUCUCCCUGUCGAACAGGGCCAGCAGCAACACUGUCUCCGAGGGCAUCUCCCAGAGGGGCUCCUCUGAGAUCGCCUACCGCUUCUUCACGAGUCUCCCUGACGACGUCUACUACUGGGUUCUGCCUGAGAGCUUCAGAGGAGAUAAGGUGACCGCCUACGGCGGGGAGCUUCACUACACCGUCCGCUUUGAGCCGUUCCAGCGCUCGCAGAGCAUCGACAAUGUGCCGGAUGUGAUUCUCCAAGGAAACGACAUCCUCCUGGAAUAUUACUCUCAGAUUAAGCUCCUCCCACGUGUACCACAAACAGUAAAUGUUCUCUUCAGAGAGUCAGCCUGGCGUCGCUCAGACGGGCAGCCAUGCACACGGGAGCAUCUGUUGAUGGCGCUGGCUGACGUGGACGUGUUCAUGAUCAGGGCCACAUAUGCAGACAACCUGGCUGAGAGCAGCAUCUCUGAUGUCAAGAUGGACAUUGCCGUUCCCCACUCCACGGGUAACGAGAUGGCCCUGGAGGUGGAGGAGUGCUCCUGCCCUCUGGGAUACAGAGGGCCAUCUUGUCAGGAAUGCGAAGAAGGCUACACACGAACUCGCUCUGGCCUUUACUUGGGUACCUGUGAGAAGUGCGACUGCAACGGUCAUGCCAGCGGCUGCGACCCGGAGACUGGCAGGUGUCUGGUAUGUCACGAGCUUCUUUCCUUCCUUCUUUAUUCUUUGCUAGCAUACAAGGUGGCUUUGAUCUUUCAGGCAGGAAGAAAUCGUAACUUUUUGACUGAUCCAGACAUGUGGAAACACGUGCUCUACAUUACUUGUUGCUCAGAGCUCACCUCUUUUUUUUUUGUUUGUCUUUUGAAGCAAUGUCUUCAUAACACUGCUGGGCAAAGGUGUGAGCGCUGUCAAAGUGGUUACUAUGGAAACCCUCUCACGGGAGAUCCUCAAGCCUGUCAACCCUGCCCCUGCCCUGGAACCAGCCCUUCCAACCAAUUCUCAUCCACUUGCUAUAUGCAUUCUGAUGGCCAGCCAACUUGUGACAACUGCCCCCCUGGAUACACCGGUCGGCGCUGUGAAAGAUGUGCCCAAGGAUACACUGGAAACCCGCUUGCUGGACAGAGGUGUCAAGCUGAGAAUUACAUAAACGGUAACUGCUACAGCUGUGACCAGAGAGGAACUCAAGGCUGUACUGGUGGACUAUGCUACUGCAAGAUGAACGUGGAAGGUCCAUCCUGCUCUAGCUGCAAACCCGGAGCUUUCCAUCUUCACCAGGACAACCAGGAAGGCUGUCUGUCCUGCUUCUGCAUGGGGGUCACCCAGCAGUGCUCAAGCUCGACACACUACAGGGACACAGUGACCUCAGCCUUCUUUCCAGGAAACUUUGAGGGAUUUGCUCUGGUGAACCGUCAGAGAACAAAUCGCAUUUCCACCGGUUUCACUGUGGAAGUUUCCACCGAGGGCACUCAGCUGUCCUACAGCAACUUUGACUAUCUGGGUGAGGAGCCUCACUUCUGGCAGCUUCCAGAGGCCUACCGAGGAGACAAGAAAUCCUCUCACUUUAGUCGUAGGACACGAGCAGAGCAGGUCGAUGUCAGGAAGCUGGAUGAGGAGGUGUGGGCUCUCCUGUCCAAUCACUCAAGUCGACGCACCGGUUCCUCUCCAUUCUUUCCCUCCUCUAAAUCCUCGUCCUCUUCCCGUGUCCCAACUCCAUCCUCCUCCCAGUGGUUUUUGCAUAACUGGACCCCCCCAUCCCCUCCAUCGUCUAUCUCCUCCUCAGUUAGACCCACCAGACCACAAGCGUAUCCCCCAGGCCAUGCUCCUCACCUGCAGAGCAAGAACACUGUGAGGGAGAGGGCUCCUGGUGGCAGCAGCAAGUAUGCUCUGGUCUACAAAGGCUUCAGCUUGCAUCAGGAUGAUAUGCUCUACUGGCAGCUCCCAGAAAAGUUCACUGGGGAUAAGGUGGUUUCUUAUGGUGGGAAACUUAAAUACACCAUUUCCUAUGUGGCCGGAUCUACAGGAUCGCUCCAGGAUGAUCCUGACGUUCAAAUCAUUGGCAAUGACAUCACCUUGGUAGCUCGCCAGCCUUGGAGGCAGCAGCCCGGCAGACAGACCAAACAUUUUGAGAUUGUUUUCCGAGAGGAACACUGGCGUCGACCCGAUGGCAUCCCUGCCAACCGAGAGCACUUGAUGAUGGUUCUGGCCGAUCUCGACGACAUCCUGAUUCGAGCUUCCUACUCGGCCGACAUGCGCUCUUCCAGCAUCUCUGACGUCAGCAUGGAAAUCGCUGUGCCCAACUACAGCGGCCUCGCUCAAGCCCUGGAGGUGGAGCAAUGCAACUGCCCCCCGGGGUACCAGGGACUCUCCUGCCAGGACUGUGCUCCUGGGUACACGCGCACCGGAGGAGGCUUAUAUCUGGGUCACUGCGAGCUCUGCGACUGCAACGGCCACUCUGACUCCUGCCACCCCGAGACCAGCGUCUGCACGAGCUGCUCCCAUAACACUCAGGGCGAGAACUGCGAGCUGUGUGCCCCCGGCUUCUUCGGCGAUCCAACCGUCGGUACUCCGGCUGACUGCCAGCCGUGUGCUUGCCCCCACACUGACCCAGAAUAUCAGUUCUCCCCGACCUGUGAGAGCCUCGGAAACGCAGGCUACCGCUGCACAGCUUGUCAGCCUGGCUACACUGGCCAGUACUGUGAACGGUGUGCUCCUGGAUAUGUUGGGAACCCACAGAACAGAGUAAAGUGUCGCCCACAUGACGCCGCCGCCGCUCUGAUUGUGAAAGUCUUUCCGGAGAAGUUCCGAACUUCUCCCGGCAGCUCCGUCACUCUGCGCUGUCAAGUGUCUGGACCUCUUCCGCACCACUUCCAGUGGUCCAGAGAGGACGGACGGCCCAUCUCCAACAGCGUUGAGAGACGCAAACAAGGAGCGGAGCUGCACUUCCCCUCCGUCCAGCCCUCGGACGCCGGCGUCUACGUCUGCACCUGCAGGGACCAGCGCAGCACCAACAGGAGCCGAGCUGAGAUUUUUGUCACAGGUUUGUGGGUUUUACCAUUUUGCACCUAUUUUUUUUUUUUUUCGGUCACCGCGGUUACUGAACAUCCCCUCAUUUCACCAGGUGGGCCAUCUAAACCUAUCGAGGUCACAGUGGAGGAGCCUAAAUCCCAGACGGUCCGGGUCGGUUCGACUGUCAGCUUUAUCUGCACUGCAAGGAGCAAGUCACCAGCCUACACCCUGGUGUGGACCCGGGAAGGAAACCGAAAGCUCCCCAACCGGGCCAUGGACUUCAACGGCAUCCUGACCAUCCAGAACGUUCAGCCCGCGGACGCGGGCGUCUACAUUUGCACGGGCUCCAACAUGUUUGACAUGGACGAGGGCAGCGCCAUCCUCUAUGUGCCAGAGGUCUCACAGACUCAGAUGUUUUACACAGCCUAUGAAAUGUUUGAAGGACACGGACUGCCUGCAGAGGGGGUCCAGCCUGUGGCCGUCAUCACUCCCACAGUGCUGAACGUCCAGCAGGGCCAGCGAGCGGAGCUGCGCUGCACUGCGACAGGAAUCCCAACCCCGGCCAUCGAAUGGAUCGGAGGCCCCAGGGGCAGAAUGAGUCCCAGAGCCGUGGUGCGAGGCGGCGUGCUGACCUUCACAGCUGUGGAUCCGGCUGAUGAGGGACAGUACAGCUGCAAGGCCCUGAACACUUACGGGGAGCACACAGCACAGGCGUCCAUCUUUGUCCAAAGAUCCAACCCGAGCGGCUUUGGCACCCUACCCCAAGUCCAAGUCAAUCACCAAAACGUUGAAGUCGUUGAGGGUGACACCUUAAGGUUGUACUGCAGGGCAUCAGGGUCUCCCACUCCAAAGCUCUCCUGGACAAAAGCAGACGGACAAAUCCCUCCGCAGGCCAUUCCCUCUCACGGUUUCCUUCAGUUUAAAAGCAACAGUCUCGAUGUGUUACAGAGACGUAUUGAGGAGCUGCAGGCUCGGACAGACCGCACUGACAUCGGUACUCUGUUGAUCCCUGACAUCAAGAUUUCUGACUCUGGGACUUACAUGUGUGUGGGCAGCAACAGCGUUGGCUCAAAUAACGCUCCUGUUCGAGUCAAUGUGCUCAAGGCAGCAGACCACAGCUCUGUAGCUGUGUCCAUCCACCCCUCCAUAGCCGACUUUCAGGAGGGUCAGAGUCUGCAGCUGAACUGCCUUGCUCCCGGUAAUCCUCCUCCAAGGGUCACCUGGACAAAAGCCAGCGGAAGCCUCUCUACCAACCACCAGGUCAUUGGAAGUUCUCUGCGUAUUCUAUCGGCCAGCGCUGAGGACUCUGGAGAGUAUAUUUGUCGUGUGCAGGGAUCUCCUGGGAGCUCUCACGUCCAUCAGGCUUCUGUUUCUGUGUCUGUCACCUCGCCUUCUUCACGCCCGCAGAGCCCCGUCAUCGCCAUCGAACCCAGCAGCAUCGCAGUGGAGGAGGGGAAGUCCGCCAGCUUCAGGUGCAAGGUGCACGGUGGAGCGAAGCCGAUCACACUGGAGUGGAAGAGGGACAACAAUGAGCCGCUACCUGUCAACGCCGAAAUUGGUCGUGACGGUUCCAUGACCAUCACCAACGCCCGUCGGGAAAAUCAUGGAGCCUACCGCUGCAUAGCCACCAACCCGUAUGGCAUCACCCAGCUCAUCGUGUCUUUGGUGGUCAAAGUGUCUCCUGCGGUCACCGUCACCCCUGUUGGACCGGUGAAGGUCAAGGUGGGGGAACCCAUCACCCUGGAAUGUCAAGCGGCGGGCGAACCUCGCCCUUCGGUCUCUUGGCACAAGCUGGACAACAACCGCAAAACCACCCUGACAAGUCCUGUUCCCAUGGAGUCCAACGCUCUGCUGCAGAUUCUGGUCGCACGUCCGGAGGACACCGGCACCUACGUGUGCACUGCUCAAAGCUCUAACGGACUCUCUGAGACCAGCGUGCUAGUGAUCGUUCAGGGUGGACCUUCGGUGCCGGGAGUCCCCAUGGUGGUGGCUCCGGAUCCCCUCAUGGUGGUGGUGGAGGGACAGACUGUGACACUGCACUGUGAUGUGCACGGAUUUCCCUCACCAACCAUCUCCUGGUCCAAGCUGCGGUCCCCUCUGCCUUGGAGGCACAAGCAGGUGAACGGCAGCCUGGAGCUGCCCAGCGUCGGCCGGCAGGACUCGGGCGAAUACAUCUGCAGCGCCAGAAACGCCGUGGGAACCAGCAAAGCCACCAUCAUGCUCGACGUUGAGACUCCUCCGUACACCACCUCCAUGCAGGACGGCGUGGCGGUGCGGGUCGGGGAGGUGAUCCGGCUGCAGUGCCUCGCCCACGGCACGCCGCCGCUGACCUUCGUCUGGACCAAAGUGGAUGGACAGCUGCCUCCCCGAGCUCAGGUCGAAGGCGGGGAUCUGCAAAUCGACCUGGCGACCGCCGAGGAUGCUGGGACCUACAAGUGUGUGGUCAGCAACAAAGUGGGCAGCAGUGAAGUGUUUGUCAAAGUGGCUGUCAGAUCGCCGCUGGCGGUGCGCGUAUCCCCUCAGGUUGAGGUCAAAGCGCGCGGCGGCACGGUGGAGUUCACCUGUUCAGCUGCAGGUGGGGUGGAGACCAAGAUUGAGUGGCUCAAGGAAGGAGGGGCCCUUCCGCCAAACCACCACAUUCGGGACGGAGUGCUGAGGAUCGAGAACCUGGAGCAGAGCAAUGAAGGGGUCUACAUUUGCAGAGCGAGCAGCGUUUACGGGGAGGUUCAGGACACCGCCAGGCUCACCAUCCAAGCUCUGCCAAAGGUCAUGAUCAACGUGCGAACCUCGGUGCAGACCGUCAUGAUUGGGAAUUCCGUGGAGUUUGAGUGUCAAGCCACCGGCGACCCGGAGCCGACCAUCAAAUGGAGCAAAGUGGACGGCUCGCUGCCGGCCCACAUCGUGGUGAAGGGCGGCAUGCUGAAGAUCGAGCGCGUGACUGAAGCGGACGCCGGCCAGUACCGCUGUACGGCGACCAACGACGUGGGCUCGGUCCAGUCCCAGGUGGUCCUCAAUGUGCAGUCUCUUCCUCAAAUUGCUGCUCUACCAGAAAAGAAGGAGGUGACGGUGGGGUCGGAUGCUGUGUUGCCCUGUGUGGCGUCAGGAUAUCCAGCUCCUAAUAUCAAAUGGUCAAAGAUGGAGGAAGAGCUUCCAUCAAAGUGUUUCCAGGAGGCCAACGUCCUGACAGUCCCUCAGGUCACCCAUGAAGACUCGGGCACCUACAUCUGCACUGCCUCCAACAAGCAGGGCAAGGUGGAGGCCUUCACCACCCUGGAAGUCCACGAGAGAGUGAUGCCGUACUUUGCUCAGGAACCCUUGUCGUACCUCACCCUGCCCACCAUUAAAAACGCCUACAAGGCCUUCAGCAUAAAGAUCGACCUAAGACCUGAUAACGUUGACGGUCUCAUAUUGUAUGCUGGUAUGAUCCUCUACAAUGGCCAAAGAAGAACCACUGGGGCUGACUUUAUCUCUUUGGGACUCGUGAGCGGCCGUCUGGAGUUCAGGUUUGAUGUGGGUUCUGGAAUGGCUACGAUACGUGACCCCAACCCCAUUAAAAUUGGAGAGUUUCACACGGUUGAGUUACAUCGCAACAUCACCCAGGGAUACAUCGUUGUGGAUGGAGGUGAACCCAUUACUGGCACCUCACAGGGCAAAUUCCAAGGCCUUGAUCUGAAUGAGGAGCUGCAUGUGGGGGGUCAUCCGAACUAUACAGUCCUUGCCAAAACUGCUGGCAUCAAGUCUGGUUUUGUUGGCUGCAUCCGUCAGCUGAUUAUUCAGGGAGAGGAAGUCAUCUUCAAGGACCUUGACCGCAGCUCUACUGGUGUUACAAACUGUCCUACCUGCAAGGAUCAGCCAUGCCAGAAUGGAGGGAGGUGUGCGGAUUCAGAUGCCAGUUUGUACAAAUGCAGCUGCCCCAGUGGAUUUACGGGCAGCAACUGCCAGCAUCUCUCAUCCCUUCAUUGUCAUUUAGGAGCCUGUGGACCAGAUGCCACUUGCAUAAACCGUGCAAAUGGUCUGGGCUAUGACUGCCGCUGCCAUCUUGGCAAGUCUGGAGACAAAUGUAUGGAUGGUAAACUGGUGACGACUCCACUGUUUGAUGGCACAGAGUCCUACAUAGCUUAUCCUCCCUUGACGAACAUCCAUGACGACCUGCGAAUUGAGCUGGAAUUCAAGCCACUGGAGAAAAAUGGCCUCAUGUUCUUCAGUGGAGGAAAGAAAAUGAAGGUCGAAGACUUUGUGGCCAUCUCCAUGGUGGAGGGACACGUGGAGUUCCGAUACGAACUGGGAACAGGACAAGCAGUACUUCAUAGCCCUGAAAAACUCUCACUGGGAAUUUGGCACAAGGUAGUGGCCGAGCGGAACAAAAGAGCCGGUUACCUCAAAGUCAACCAAGGUCCAGUUGAGAGGAGGACAUCUCCGGGAAAAGCCCAGGGCCUCAACAUCCAUACUCCCAUGUACUUGGGAGGAGUUCCAAACAUGGACAUCCUGCCCAAGCCGGCUAACGUCAGCGCGAUGUUUGAGGGCUGCAUUGGAGAGGUUUCCAUCAACAACAAGAAGGUGGAUCUGUCCUACAGCUUCACAGAGAGCAAAUCAAUCAGUGAAUGUGUGGACUUGAGUCCCUGUGACCGUCAGCCGUGUCUCAAUGGUGGCACCUGCAUUCUGAGUGCUGAGUACGAGUACCAGUGUCUCUGCAAGGACGGAUUUGAGGGUGAGCGGUGUGAAGUGGUGAAGUACGUGUGCCAGAGCCAUCGGCAGUGUCUCAACGGCGGCAGCUGUGAGAACGGCAUGUGUGAGUGCGUGUCCGGAUACACAGGCCUCAACUGUGAGGAAAGCCAGCUCCUCAGCUUCACCGAAGCCCCGUGGAAAACAGAAGCCAACGAGGCCAAUGAUUCCCCUUUUCAGUACGCCGCUCAGUUUCGCAGCGAUGGAUAUGUAGCUCUUCCAAAAUCCAUUUUCCCAAGAAGUGCCCACGACUCUCCAGAGACCAUUGAAGUAGAAAUCAACACUCGCUCCGCUGAUGGCCUGAUCCUGUGGCAGGGAGUGGAGACCGUCGGUGCACGCAAUUUGCGAAAGGUGCAUGCUAGCAAAAAGCAACCUGGAGAGCACAGCAAGGGCAAAGACUUCAUCAGCCUCGGCCUUCAAAACGGACACCUGGUUUUCAGUUACCAGCUGGGCAGCGGAGAGGCAAAAAUCCUUUCUAAGAAGUCCAUCAACGAUGGGAGAUGGCAUAAGAUCACAGCAGUGAGGACUGGAAAAGAUGGAUACAUCCAGAUUGAUGGAGAAGACCAGGUGCACGGACAAUCUAAAGGCAAAAGCCUCAUGGUCAACACCAAAGGAAGCAUAUAUCUCGGCGGCGCUCCAGACAUGCCGGUGAUGACAGGAGGGAAGUAUUCAUCGGGACUGGCGGGCUGUGUGAGAAACCUGACACUGAUGAACGCUCGGCCGGGCCAGCAGCCCGCGCAGGCCGUCGACCUGCAGGCGCACGCCGCCCGCGGCGUCAAAGUUCACCCCUGCUCCUCGUAGACACACACACACGCGCAGAGAGACUUGGGAGUGGCGUCAAACACACACCGCACUCAAGAGACUUUCAGAGCCCGACACGAAAAACCCAGACGCUUCUCUCUGUGUGCCGUAAAACCAAAAAGAAAGCAAAGCGAACGUCUUCUCCUCUUUACCUUUGUGCUUUUGACCAAGGACUGAAAGCAAAGGACAACCAGAACCCUGUCAGCUGUAGUUUUAGCCACGAGAAGAUUCACUUUUUAGACCUUUUAGAAGAUCCUACGGAGUUGGAGAGGUUUACAGCACUGAACUUUUAUUUAUAUAUAUGAAAAUUAUAUUUGUGGGGGGAAAACAUGCAAACUAACCAUAAAACUGCUUUCUAGCUUUCCUAAACUGUUUUGUUUUUUUCUGGGUUCUAGUACCGUGUGUGUGUGUGUGUCCAGGCUGUUUAUAUCUGCAUUAAUACUUGAAGAUGUUUAGGCCUCCUCCUCCUCUCUGCAUCUUCUCCGUAAACCGGUCGGGACGGGAGAACACACAAGGUCACACGCAGCUUCAGUACAAAACUCAGGACGUCGGAACAGAAAACCCCAAAACGUUCUGCUGCUUUAAACUCACUGUAAUUUUGCUUUUUUUUUUUUUUUUUUUGCCGUAAAUGUGUUUUUUUUUUCCUUUUUGUUUGUAUUUUUUAUGGAAAGUAAACGACAACAACAACAACAAAAAACUGGUGCUAAUUUUUAGAUAUGGAUCAGUAUAAAGACGCAUUAAAAACCUGUUUUAUGUUAGCAUGCAUGUCUUUGGACGCAUGUCUCCUUUGAUUGAGUAGAUCUCAAGAAGGUUUUUUUUUUUCUUUUUUUCUCCAUAUGUGUGUUGAUGAAAUGAAAGAGUCAGGUAAGAAAUCUGUUCUCGGUCAAACUCCACUAUAUAUUGGUGUCAUUAUCCUCAGGAGGAUCCGUUCAGAACCGCCUCAUCAUUUCUGGUUUGGAAGCUUUAGAACCACCUCAGUGUUUUGUUUUGUUUUCUCUGUUCAUGGAUUCAUGUCUGGAUGCUGAUGAGACCUUUUGCCGAUGACACCAUGUUUUAUGUCAGCAAAAAUUCACAUUGAAGUUGGCACUCCUCUCCUAAUGGGGCUCACAGCUUAUCUCUUACUUUUUAUUCAGCUUAAAGCACACGUGUGUUAAUAUCCAAUCGUGAGCGCUCUUGUUUUUAUUUUAAUUCAUUUUUUUCCCUCUCUAAUCUUCGUUUUGAUGCUUUUGUGUUUAGAUUUUAGAUGACAGAAGCCUGGUGUUUUGUUUUCCUGCAUUUUUGUAUUACCCCCCUCCCCCAUUCACAUUUUAAGUCAGUUUCUAUCAAAGUUUUGAUGAUUAAACUGCUUGGUUUAAUAAAUUAAAACUGGCCUUAAAAAUCCCUUUUUUGGCUACAAGAUCCUAAAAGUUAUAAAAACGAAGGUAUAAAUACACUGUGUUAGUGCAUCUGCUCUAAAACUGGAUCGUCAGUCAGAUAUAAAUUUGUCAAUAACCUUUUUUUUUAUACACAAUAUGGAUAAAACUGCACUAUUAUUAGCGUUGCUGGAAAAUUCCGCUCUGAUUUCCUUUUUUAAAGCACCCUACAGUCUUGGCAAUGGCAGACAAAGAAGAUGAUGAGUUGUACAAAAAUGUACCAGAUUGAAUUUGUCCAUGUUAUAAUUCUCAGCCAGAUGCUCCCCAUUGCUGUUUCCUAAAUAAAAACAGAAUUCAUGUGCUA